UGUUCUUUGUAGCUGCACUGGGACUGCACUAGAACCGGACCAGUACAAGCGAGGACAGGCCAGUGCCAAGAGUGCAGGUUGCUUAUAAAGAACGAUAUUCGUGCAGAGUGGUGCAGAGUAGUACAAUAUGGAGUACGAAGAUUUACUGAUAGAUUCAUCCGAUGACGAAAAUGUUGUAAUGCCACCGAUUUUAAAUAUUUUAUUGGAAGAUAAUAAUGAAAACAAUGAAUUAGUACAUUUGCCAGUUUAUGGACUAGUUGGAAGGGUUGGAAGGAUACAGCACAUCAAAGUUGUUAACUAUAUAGAAAAUAUAGUUAGAAAUUAUAUAGCGAGAGAUUUUCUGAUGCAUUUUCGAUUAUCAAGAGCCGUAGCAUAUGAGCUCAUAAAUCAGUUCGAAGUAUCCGAUAUAUUUAUCGAAAUAUCAAAUCAUGCAGGAAAUUUAAAAAUAACUGCAGAGAAACAUAUCCUGUGUUAUUUGUGGUUUGUUGGCCAUGAGAGUGCAUCUUAUCGAGAUGUAGCAGAUCGAUUCGGUGUUACUAUUAGUUGUUUACAUACUAUAAUUACGAGAGUUACACAGUUUAUUAUGACAUUAGCCCCAAAUGUUAUAAGAUAUCCGACAGCCGUCGAGAAAGAAGAAAGUGCUACAUAUUUUCUACAAGAGAAAGGAUUUCCUGGUGUUAUAGGGGCCAUAGAUGGAUCUCAUAUAAGAAUCGAUAAACCAAUGGAGGAUCCUGAUUCUUAUAUCAACAGGAAAUCUUAUUUUUCUAUACAUAUGCAAGGAACAGUGAACCACAAAAUGAAAUUUAUUGACGUGUUUAUUGGAUAUCCAGGCUCCGUUCAUGACGCUAGAGUGUUAAAAAAUUCAACAAUAUAUGCAGAUUUACGGCAACUUUGCGGAGAUAAUUAUAUUCUAUUAGGAGAUAGUGCGUAUCCUUGCUUAUCACAACUAAUUGUGCCCUAUAAGGAUAAUGGCCACUUAACUCGACGUCAAAGAACCUUCAAUCAAAAAUUAAGUUCUUCGAGAGUAAUAAUUGAAAAUGCAUUUGGCUGUUUAAAACAACGAUUUCGUCAAUUAUAUCAUUUCAAGUUAAGAGAUAUUGUACGGAUGGUACAUGUUAUUCAUGCAUGUUGUGUGUUACAUAAUAUAGCAAAUGCACAAGAUUUACAAUUUUUCGAAGAUGCCAUAGAUGAUCAAGGACCAGACAUUGCAGCACAAAACCAACAAGUAAUUGAUAAUCUACCAAGAGAAUAUGAAACGAAUACACAAAAACGAGAUGAAAUAUGUCUUCAAAUAACUCGAGGAUAAGAAUUAAGAAUAACUUUGUAUCAAUGUAUUAUAUAUAUAUAUAUAUAUAUAUAUAAAUUUACAUGUAAAUUUAUAAUA